CCCUAAUAAUAAAUCUCUUGUUCCUUUCCAUAUUUCCCCCCUUAUAAAUCUACUCUAAGUAUUCUUGCUGUGCCUAACCAUAUUGAAUUGUUUAACAUCUGUAUUCAAUUCCCAGUAAAAUCUAUUAUUCUUGUUCUAAGAUUCUCCAUGAAAACCCUUGAAGUUUUCAGCUGGGUUUUAUUUCGUUCUCUCAUGUCAGUUUCCACAGUCACUUUUGAACUUAAACGGUAGGAAUUCAUAGCCUACAAUGCUUAAAAUCUCGUUAAACCCCUAAACCUAAUACAUAACUAUCAGUGAAAGUGAAAUGAUACAGUUCCAAAAUUGUGGAGAGUUUUGUAAGUCACCCAAAUUUCUAACUUUUUCUUAGUUUAAUUAGCAUAAAACUAGUAAGGAACUCGCGCAUAAAUGAUUGAACAUGAAGUAUUCUUUGCACCUGAAUGUCUUUCAUUCAGGAACACUCUGAAAAGUCUGAUGUUGGUGUUCUGGGAUUAGGAGACACUGUUAGGAUUAUAUGAUAACUAUUGAAAUUUCUAUUUUCAGUUGCAUUUUGUUUUUGCUUCUUCUUGAUAUUAUCCUUUAUCAAGGAUCUAUUGGUAGCAUUUGGGUACUUGUUGGAUGUUGCUAUGUAUAAUAUAGGGCCAGGUUUGCAGUUCUUGCUCUUUUCUUUUCUUCUUUUUCUUUUGUGACUAUUGUGUUUUAAUAUAGGUACAUGCAAUAAUAUAGCAGCUGAAGUAUUCUUUACUUUUUUAUUGGAUCAAGUAGCUAAAGGUGUUUUAUCAAGCUUAUAGGUUCUGGGACAUGGCAUUAGAAGAGACAGCCCGAGGCCUGAUGAGUAUCACCAUCGCAGAGAUUUAGUUCGCAUUUUCAAUCUGUUGGCAAGGGAGAUCUAUGGUGGUUCUGAUGGCUUUCCUGUUGUGGAGGUCUUUGGAUCCUUUUUAAUGGAUAUGUUCUCUUCCAAAAGUGAUCUUGAUCUAUCUAUUAAUUUCAGUAAUGGUGCAGAUAACUUCGCCCGCGAGGAGAAGAUUGCAGCCCUUAGAAAGUUUGCUAACUUUUUCUACACUCUCCAAUUGAAAGGGCAUGUGUUUGGUGUCCGUCCAAUCAUGGGAGCUAAGGUGCCUAUUGUCAAAGUUGUAGAUCGUGGAACUGGAAUUGAGUGUGAUAUUUCUGUUGAAAACAGAGAUGGUAUUGCAAAAUCACAGAUUGUUCACAUUAUUUCAGCAAUUGAUGAAAGAUUUCAGAAAUUAUGUUUUUUGAUUAAAGCCUGGGCAAAUGCGCAUGAUAUUAACAGUCCAAAAGAUCGAACGCUUAGCUCGUUAUCUUUAAUACUAUUAGUUGCGUUACAUUUGCAGACUCGAAAACCUCCUAUACUACCUCCCUUUUCUGUGCUAUUUAAAGAAGGAAGUGACCCUGAAAAUGUUGGGAAGGCAGUCCGUAAAUUUCUUUGUUAUGGCCAAAAUAAUAAAGAGUCUGUGGGGGAACUUUUCAUAACUCUGUUAAUCAAGCUUGACUCAGUUAGGAAACUAUGGGCAGAAGGUCUUUGUGCAAGUACAUAUGAAGGAUCUUGGAUAUCCAAAAAAUGGGGUUCUCGAAGUGGCAAUCUUAGUGUAGAGGAUUUCACAGACAGGUCUCAAAAUGUUGCAAGAGCAGUUGGAGCUGAACAGGUGAAGAAGAUCUACAAGUGUAUUAAAAGUUCUCUUGAUCAAAUGUUAGCGUUCAUGUAUGGACAGAUUCAAGCACCCAAAGUAAGGGAUCUUAUUUUUGGGUCAGAUUAUGUUCCUAAUGAAGAAGUGAACAACUUGGUGAAUGUGAAUCUUAAAAGAAGCUUUCCUACCGAUGAUCCUGCACCAUCUUCUCCACCACCCUACACAGCCCCAGCAAAGAAGAUCAGGUGCAUUGCAAAUUUAGAUCCCAAAAUAGGAACAACUCAAGCGCACCACGAGUGUUCAAACCAUUUACCUCCACACCAUCUUCAUCAACAUCAUCAGUGGCCUCCAGUAAGUGCUCCUGAACUUGGGCAUGGUUCUGUACAUCCUUCUUUUGUUCCACCACAACAUUUUCAUGGACUGCAGAAAAACCCCUUCUUAUUUCGGGGGGAGUAUAAUCUAAAUCCUGUUAGUGCUCCUGAACUUGUGUAUGGUUCCAUACAUCCUUCUUUUGUUCCACCACAACACUUUCACGGACUGCAGCAAAACCCCUUCUUAUUUCCGGGGACGUGUAAUCUGAAUCAUGUGAAUCCAUUCCUACUGUAUGGUGGUCCAGGGAGUGCCCACUCUGGCUACAAGGAAACUCUACCACAGGGUCCAUUUUUCAACCCUUAUGGGUACAAGUAAUGUAGACCAUUAGACACCUUCUUCUUGCGGCUAAAGUCUGUCUCAGAAAUAACUGUGAAGUUUGGUAAGCAUCAACAUAUUUGUCAUCCUCAGAGAAUCCUGGGUGCCCAAGCCUUGGAUCUAGUGUAUAUUUACAACUUCUCUUGUUCAGAACCGGUAUGCAUAUCUAAAGUGUCCAAAUGUGUUAAUAAACUCUUAAGCCUGUACAGAAAGAGUUUAUAGAAGUGUUCGGUAUAAAUGUUCAGGAACUGGCAUAACUACUCUGCAAUACUACGGAAAAUUGUAGACAUAUUUACAU